GUACAUUUUUUACAGCAAAAGCAAACUCCUAGGAUUGUGGAGAUUGGUUAAUGUUUUAUUAGCAACACAAAUUUGGAAACCGUAGGUAAGAUAAGAAUUACGUAUAUUUUAGAAAAUGCAAAUACAUGUAAUAAGGGGCAUAAAAAUGAGGAAAAUCACGGACAAAUUUUGUUAAAAUAUCCCGGAAUUUUGAAACCUAUUAAAUAAAAAGCGCAACUUUUACGAGGUUCCAGUGUGGAAAUCUCAAACCGGGCGGAAUUUGCGCAUAUAUAAGCUGUACUAUUCAUUAAAAAUAUGGUAAAACCCCAAUUCUCUGCUUACUUCCUAUAUUUUAGAACAAGACAGAUUAAAUCAGCGGUCGCCAAGCGGUGGUCCGUGUAAAAAUUUUAGUGGUCCGAUCACCAAUGCUAACUUACUGAUUAUGUGUCGUUUAUAGCUUCCCUUUCCACAUUCCAUUGAAUAAAUAUUGUGUCUAUGGCUUUUUAGGUAACCUUUACACUUAAAUUAUACCAAAUAAUGUUGCCGUUCUUUGGUGCCUUAGGAUAGCUGUCCGCUAGAUAAAAUAUUUUUUGUUUGGUGGUCCGUAAGGAUUAAAACGUUGGCGACCGCUGGAUUAGAUGAUGUAUUAGACAUAGGUACAUACAUACGACUCAAGGCCUUAUCAAAAUUUGAAUACAAACCGUCGAUACAUAGUAUUUUUAGCUGUUCAUAAUUAAAUACAUAUACACUUAAUAGUUAAUAUACAUAAUCACAAUUUAGAAACUAUGACGCCUUUUUACUAUUAUAAUAAACGUAAGUAUUGUUCUAUAUCAAGUUGGCCAAGUGAACUGUAAAAAAUAUAAGAGGUUUUUAACCGGACGUAUGUGAUUAAAUACCUUCAAAAUGUUAUUUGAGAUAUUUAGGCAGCCAUCCCAUAAUCCGUUGAUGACACUUUAAAGAUUGUUAAUUAGGAGCGCCGUUACGUAAUGUGCUAUUUGCAUAGCGGUGUUACUACAGUAUAAAUUUAAGAUUAAUUCAGGGAGUUGUGCAUUUAUACUAUAAAGGUCCACAUAUUGAAAUGAGCUGUGAAAAGAGAAACAACCCAUGUUUUGGUGCUGCUGCUGUGGACAAACUAGUUGUAGUAGUUUCGGAAUUUUUGGGAACUGCAAUUUUAGUAUUUGUAGCGUGUAUGGGAUGUGUUCCUAAUACUGAAUAUCAAGUGCUUCCACAACAAUCCGCUUUCACCUCUGGUAUGGCUGUGAUGAUUUCCAUAUUUACGUUUGGACACAUCUCCGGUGCAUAUGUAAACCCCCUUACAUCAAUAUGUGCUGUAAUAGUGGGCCAGACACCAAUGCAGCUGUUACCGUUUUACCUAGUAUCAGAAUUUGCAGGGGGAAUAAGUGGUUAUGGAUUACUUUUGUUAGUUACACCUGCGCAAAGAAUGAAGUUCGGAGAUGGUUCUCAUGGUGUAUGUACCGCAAUACCAAAUGCGGAUCUAACAACAGCACAGGCAUUAGGAGCCGAAAUCAUAUUUUCCGUAAUUUUGUCAUUAGCAAAUUGUGCGAGUUGGGAUCCCAGAAAUUUCGACCAAACUGAUUCGUUGCCUUUAAAAUUUGGUCUAUUAGUUGGAACACUUAUCAUGACUGGCGGGGCGUACACAGGCGCCAUUAUGAACCCAGUCAGAAGCUUUGCACCAGCUGUGUGGAAUAAUGAAUGGGAGAGGCAUUGGAUUUACUGGGUAGGACCGAUCUUCUCGGCUGUUGUGGUGUCUCUUUUAUAUCGGGUACUAGUUCUUAGAGGAAAAUCUUCUCGAAAUUCAUCUGUUUUAUAGUACUUUUCGACAAACAGACAAUCAUGGUUUGUGAAUAGGAAUAUGGAUAUGUUCUUUCGAUAAUAUUCUGCUCCCAAACAUUAAACAAUCCUAAACAAGUGUGCAGUUAUAAAUAGUUAAAUAAAUACUUGCAAGGAUAUAAAAGGUUAUGCUUCUGAAUGCAUGGGACUAGGAUUUUUCCCACAAAAUUCCUACUACUACUAUACAAGUUCCGGGUUUUCAGGGGAUCUCCGUAACCCUCCUUAAAAGGAGCCUCUCCCAACAGGGGUGUAUUUACAGUACAAUAUCUUUGAGUUGCAAAGGAUCUCCGAGGGAUAUGCGGGGAUUU